AUGUUUGUCUUUUGGUCCAUCCAUAGGGAUCGCUUCCCAGAAGCCACUACGCCACUGUCACGGUUUGGACGAUACCUGCGGGCAUCCGUGCUGCUCAUCAUUCAGCUGGCUUUGAUGAUUGGCAUGCCGGCGAUAACCAGCUUUCUGGCAUGGUCUACCCGAAAUGAACUCUGGUCAGCCCUGACCGAUGCAGGGCUUGCGAGGCAGGCAAAGGAGGUCCUGGGAUACCUUAUCCUUCACACAGUAUUCCUCGUAUUGCUCAUCUGGGGUGCCGUACCCAUCUUGGCGAUGGGCAGGGUGUACCACAGACGGGGAAGAAUCGCCGCGUAUGCGACGUUCGGCUUGAUCAUGGGCGUGCUUAUAGGUGUGUCUGUGCGCACGAUGUAUCUGACAUGGAACUGGACGCUUCGCUUUGAGGAUAACGCGAAGCUUGCUGGACAGUGCAGUCUUAUCACCCGCACCCUGGGCAUUCUGCUGUACUUGUGUUGGUUCUCGGUUGUCCUCUCUGUUUUUUAUGUGUUGCGAUUCGGCACACCCUUGUUUGUUCAGAAGAUAUUGGAUGACGCUGCACAUGUGCUGUUUCCUACCAAGAUGCGUUCGAGAACGGUGGACGAGAAGGAGAGGGCAGGCAGCUGA